AUGCGCACGGCGAGGGGCCGGCACAAAGUGGCCCACUUUGUGCCGCACCGAGAUCCAGAGCGGAAUGACAAGACGCCGUCACAAAGCGGGCCGAAGAUUUACAACGCGCACCCGCAAGGGUCAAUGCCGCGUACACACCGUUUCGGGGGCUCAGAAUCGUGCUUCGUGGCAGUCUGUCGGGGAGACUUAUCUCCAGCAGUGGACUCAAACAAGCUGAAAUCA